AUGGAACCCUCUGCAGAACCCGGAAACCCUUUGCCCAAGUACUGCAGUGUGGCCACAGCCCUGGAGGUCCCCGCCUGGGCCCACACCACUCCUCCCUGGCACCUCUCCUUCGCCUGCCCCUUUGCCCUCCAAGCACCCUGGCUCACCUGGCACAACCCUCUCACCAGAUGUGCAUCUUAUCAACCGUGUCCCCCCAUUGCUGACCCAGCAUGGCAGCGGCCUAGCUGUCUGGGAAGAGUGGGAGAUGCGGGUGACGCGUGGGUCCUGGCAAGAAGGGGACCAGAUGGCUUUUAUUACCGGGCUCAGAUAAAGACUGCUCCAGAGCUAGAGAGGCAGGGGGCCCUGCUUGUGGAAUUUGAAGCUCCCCUUGUCACAGGCCCCGAGCUGCCAGCCCCGAAGCAGAAUGUGGUCUUAGGAGAAGAUGUCAUUCAGUUCUCGCCACCCAUGGAACACUCACUGCAACCUGGGGACAAGGUGCUGGCACCCUGGGAGCCAGACAGACAGCAGCCGUAUGGCCCUGCCACUGUCUUGGGCUUGGAGGCCAGAGGCCCCCGGAGAGCAUCCAAAGAAGAAAUUACGGUUCAUUUCUGGAACGGCAGGACAGCUGCGGUGCCUGCCGGCCGGGCCAGGUGGGUGCCCCCCGCGGUCUGGAAGAAGGCUGUGGAGAGGCUGCGCUGGCCCUUCACCAGCGGGCCCCCCCGCGCCCCCCCCCGGGCCUCUUGCUGCCCUCUGCUGGGGCCAGGCCCUGGGUGUGUCACCAGCGGGCUUCCGCCGGGCACCCCGCUCCUGUGCCCUCCCUGCCCCCCCCACACCUGCUGCCAGCUGCUGUGCCAAGGAUGCCCCGGCUACUGCCCUUCGGCUGGACCCACGUGGUGGCCUCUAACGAGGACCUCGGGGGUCCCGGCCAGAGAACACGGAGAGGAGGAGCCGAAGGCCGCGGCGCCCCCUUUGCCCCCGGAGGCUCCCGAAGAGGGGGCGGCAGUGCAGGCUCCGGGCGCUGUGUCCCCCGCCGCCUCCGAGGAAGGGGCUUCGGAGGAGGAUCCGAGGCCCGCGGGGGGCAGCACGGGGCACACCGGCAAAAGAUGUUGCGACAUCCAGAAAGAGGAAAAGGGCCACAAACAACAGAGAGAACCAAUGGCAGUAGUGGGGAGUACCAAGGAGCUGGUCCUGGAAACAGUGAACAUGAAGCCUCUACAGGCCCUGCCAGAGAGAGCCGAACAUGGGAAACUGAGUCAGGGUACCACUGCGACUCGUCAGAGACACCGGGAUGCCUUAGACUAAAAGCCCUGAGGAUCUAGGAAGCUAAAGAGAGUGAAUACCUGAGGAAGAGUCACAAAGCAGCUGGCGAAGCCUUCGGUAUAAGGAGGUAGAGUGCAGGCCACAGAUGACAGCUGCACAAGCAGCAAAAUCUUCACCUCUUUUAGACUUCCCUGCAGAUGGGCGGCAGGGAGGCACCUGUCGUAAGAGGCACAGGAGUAGUGCCACCCGGCCAGGGCUCCCUGCCUGGUGAGAUGAGGGUGAGGAUGCUGUUCCAUAGAAGUUACAGGUCGUGGUCGGCCUGCUUUGGGCAAAUGUGUGCACAGCCCCACUACCACCUUUUCAUAAAGUCUACAGUUGUACAUGAAUGACAUUUUGUUGCUCUUAAUGCCAAUAAAAAGGAAUUCUCUUUUUAUUUCCAAA